AUGGCGGCUGCGCAGAAAACUAUUGCGAUCAGAGCCGUCAGAGCAUAUAGAACCGUCUCCCACAUGGGGACGACCACCCUCGCGGGAAUUCCCCCGAUACACCUGCUGACUAGGUCGUACGCAGAAACGUACGAGGCGGUCAGCAGGGUUAGGGAGGCACUGGGGGAAGUCCCGCCGAGGAAUAGAAGGGAGCUGAAGCUCCGAUCAAAGGAGACCCUCCUCCGCUCUUGGAAGGAGGAUCUAGCGGACCCCCGGCACCUCUGGAGGAGGAGGGUCAUCGAAGCCAUCCAACCGGUAUUAGAGAAGUGGGUGGAAGGCAUAAAGAAAAGAAACCUUGCCUUCCACGCGGUGCAGGUAAUAACAGGCCACGGAUGUUUCGGCAAAUACUUGCACCGCAUCGGGAAAGAGCGCACCACGCGCUGCCACCACUGUCCGGAGGGAGCGGACACGGCGCAACACACGCUGGAGGACUGUCCAGCGUGGGACGAAGAGCGCCGUGCCCUCCGGGCGGAAAUCGGAGAAGACCUCUCUCUCCUGGCCGUCAUCGCAACGACGGUUCAGGCGGGAAAGAGAAGAAGGGAAAACUGGAGGAGUUUCGCCUCCUUUUGA